GCAGUGGUGUCUCGUAGUACCCGCGUAGGAUCAAAACAUCACGACAGCUCCAGUUGUCCUCCUGUUCCCACUAAUCCCAAACAAACAACGCAAGUGCCAAUUUCAUCAGUAUGUGAAUUACGAUUUGUAUUUAAGAAUCCGGAGGUAAUUGAAGUGUCAAGAAGUCCCAUGUCCCCAACAGAACCUCAACAGUGUUGAACGCCAUUACGGAUAAUACACGAUAAAUUAUAAAUGUUGGGGAUUUCCACUCUUAACAAGAGCCAGGAACGUCAUCUGAGUCAUUAGGGUCCGAGCUCUCACGUCGUCACAUCAUCACCAAAAAAUAAAUAGAAGAAAAACGAUUAUCAGUUGUAGCUUUCGUUGAGGGGCCCAGUCAGUCUGGCGAUGUCAGGUGGAGAAUAAAGUCGCCAAAGUGCAGACGACGGGGGACAGACCACAACAAAACGUUUGCAUUGAAUGCCAAAAUAAGAAAAAAAAACAAGUGGAAGAGGAGAGGGAGAAGUCAGUGAGGGAUCGCAAGAGCUUUAUCUUUAUUAUGCGCCGUUGAGUGAAUUGUCAAGUAAAAUCAGAAAUGGCUGCCAACGAACAACAGCAGAAGGAGGACAGGGAGGCCGGCGAGCCAGCUCAUCAUGCUCGUCGUCCAAUGAACGCUUUUUUGAUAUUUUGCAAACGUCAUCGAGCUUGCGUGCGUACGCACUUUCCAAAUCUUGAAAAUCGUGCAGUCACUAGGGUCCUUGGCGAGUGGUGGGCAACACUCCGCCCCGAUCAAAAACAGGCAUACAUUAUUCUAGCUCAACAAUAUAAAGAUGCAUUUCUGCAUGCAAAUCCGGACUUCAAGUGGUAUAAAUUACCAGCACCACCUCUGAGGACAUUGUCAACACGACCAACAAAUAAAAAGCAGGAAAGUGGGGGAUUUGAUCAGACUUCCGAAACAGCAGCCUCACAUUUGGAAUCAUCAAACUCAAAGAUUGGUAAUAAUGUCAUUCAACCCGGUAAAUUGGCCGAUGAAUCUCAGCUUGGUGGCCUCAGUUUUCUCUGCACACCUCAAAAAAAUCAUCACACCAACAAUCAGGCCAUCAUUGAUGGAAAUACACUUGGAAAUUUCUCGGAGGAAAAGUCUUCUGUACCAAAACCGCCGAAAAAACGUUACACUGAGCUACCUAUAGACUUGGAACAAAAACGAGACUGCAAAGCUGAUCUUUUCAGCGAAUGUGAGGUUCCUACCGAGUCCAAUAAUAACGAAGAGUACCGGUUCAAUGAGGAGGUGAAUAAAAAUGAGAGCACAUUCAUUGAUGGAAGUGAGGUGAUUACUGAUGAAGCCAGUUAUAGAGGAGAGAGGAGCUGUAAGGGAGUUAGGUACCAAAAAUUUCUUGCCGAACAACAGAGAACACUUGUGCCCAUGACCCAAGGAAAACGAAAGAGGUUUGAUGCUAGUGAGAAACUAGGAAACGAACGGAGAAAUUCUAUAUCGUCCAAUGUGAGCGAAAAGACUGAUUCUUUAAGUAGCGAGGGGGGCAAUAGUACACGCAGCGAUUCGGAGCAUCUUGUUGAUAGUGCUGAAGGCCGAGUUGAAGCAUCUAAGCCUGAGGAUACUGAGACUGAAGGAGCUGAACCCGAUCAAGAAUAUGUACCAUGGAAUGCCCGAAAACGUUUCAAGGCAGAGGAUUUUAAUCUAGAGAAAAAAAUUCAAGCAUUGCCAUCAUUGAGUUGGGAGGAAUUUCAGGAGAAAAAGAAACAGCAGCGCACUAAAAAAAAGAAAUUUCAUCAGAAAAUGCAUGUGAAUUCGGCGAAACGUGGCCAUACAAGUCAAAAAGAUGACCAAUUACAUCACCUGAAUGAUUCUCAUGAGGAAACGGAGAAGGCCUUGCUGGUUGGCAGCCAGAAACGAAAAGCUAGAAAGCAAAGUAUCACUCGCAAUGCGUCUGCUACUGUUUCUAAGGAUUCGAGUAAUAAAGAGGCAGGAAAACCUUGGUCACCGGAUUUGGAGGCGCUGGCAUGCCUCGCUGAAGUUGCUGCCAAGCGGACGAAACUUACCAAGUAAAUUUGUAUCUUUUUUCUAUGAAUCACCGAUUAUCGAGUCUGUUAUCAGCAAUGAAUUCGUAGAACCAAUUGCAUCAGCAUGUUACAGACAAAAUAUUAUUCUUACAGCCAUCUUCUAUAUUUCUACGAAGAGUUUUACUCUCAUUUUUUAUUUCAUAACCGUCAAUUUUUAUUGGAUGUUUAGAAGAAAAGAGAGAGAGAGAGAGAGAUUUCAUGCUAAGCGCAGGGAUCUAUUUCUCAUCUGAUUGUAUGUUUGAAUGACAUUUUCAAGUAUACACUUUCUCAAUCAUUUAUUUAUUAAUAUUACGACUUUUAUGCGGAAAAUAUCUUAUCAACCUUUGCUGUCUUAUGGGGUUUAAGCGCAGGUAUCUCGUCUGGAGCAUUGAAUGGCAAAAAUUUCGUGGGGUUUUGGAAAACCAAAAUCAUUGUUUUAUACAUUUUUUACUUUAGAUGAACUCAUUUGUUAUUGGUGAAUGCUUCCAAGGGACUGAUUAAUUGUAUCGGUGCUUCAAGAUUUAUUAUAAAAUAUAAACGAAGCGAACAAUGAAUGUGUUGAGCGACUAUGGAUAAUUUCAGUAGGAAGGUGGUAAAGACCGAGCAAGAGAUGAGCCCAAAUCGUCUGCAAGAAGAAAAGGUGCAGAGGAACUCAGAAAAAUUUAUUAAAAUGCGGGAAUUGGUUCUAUGAAUUAAAAAAAAAUCUGGUCUUUCGUAGCAGUAUGAUAAGAAUUUGGUCGAUUGUGUUUGCCAAUUCUAGGCAAAAAUGUCAAGGUCAGAAGAGCAGGGAAACUCUUAAUGGAUUAAUGCACAAAUGGUGAUAGUUUGGGGUGCUCUGGGCUUGCUGAAUAGGUUAAACGACAUUUUCUCAGGUCCUUUCAAUAUUUUUAAAUUUCGAAAAAAGUUACUAAAUUAUUAAUGUGAUGUGAUCAUCUCCUGCUAUACACUACCACUUUGCUACUACACAUGGGCAUUUUAGACUAUAAACAUGAUUGAAAAUCCAGCAGAAUAAUUUAAUGAAUUUUUAUCUUUAUUAUUCGUAAUUCUACGACGUUAUUUUCAUUAAUUUUAUUAGUCUACGAUGAGUUAUCGAUAUUUUGAUACAAUAAAGAAAAUACUUAGCGAGAGUUUAUGGUAAAGAUGGUCUCGUGUAAAUAGGUAGUAGCAGUAUUAAACCAAUGUCUUCUUACACUUUAUAAAUAAAAAUCAUAAUGAUAAGGGGAAAAAAAUCAAAAUGUAUUGAGACGGAUUGGUAUAAAAUCAGUAGUGAAGUAAAACGAAAUUAUGGACUUUACUUUGAAAUCAGUUCAGUGAAGAAGAGUUUGCAAAUUCGAAUAUUAUUAUUGGAUGACGAGACAUUCACCAAAUGCAUAUUUCUCAGGUGAAUCGAGUAAUUUCGUUUUGCUUCUUGACAACCGAUAUAUCUGCACACGUAUGUACAUUGACUCAAUGUGACUUAUAUAGUACGAAAAAAAAGAUGUUUAAUAGAAAUCCACAAAUAUAUUAUAUAGAGACAUAUAAUACGUUGCAUGUAAGUACGAUGAAUAUUAAUAAGUUGAGAGAGGAACAUAUUCGAACCUAUAUUUAUAUUAUUUAUAUCGACGUAUUUCUCCGAAUUUAUGAUGACCUACUGAGUCUACUGAGAACGAAAAUGUUUUUUUUUAUGCAAAAGUAUUUAAUGGUUAAUUGACUGGGACGAAAAUUUAAAAGAUUUGUCUGUGAUUUUGGCUGAACGAAUUUCUAAUCUUUUAUAUUUUUCUAUUGAUGAGAAAAUUUCUUUUUUUUUUUGUUUACGGUACUGCAAAUAAAACAGAUUGCUUGGGGAUAGAAGAUAUACCUAUGAUUGUAGGUAAUCAAUACAUAUAUGCGGAACUUUCAGGGCCUUAACUUACUUGAGAAAAUUUUUAUAAUCAUCCGUAUUUCAAAUGUGCCUUCAAUAUAAACAAACGUGCAAAGAACAUACAAAAUGACCAAUUAAUACUGUUCUUUCAUGUUGAUGUUUCAAUUUCUCACAAUUAUCUUUGUGCUUUCUAUGAAAAUAUUUACAGUGGAGGAAACAUUAUUCUAUUUAUGUUAACUUGUUUUUAUUUUGUUAUUGUAAAUCGUUAUUCUGCCGUAUAAGAGGGCCCGGUGCCCAUGACCUAAUACUGACCAGAUAUUUACUGAUGGAUUAAUGGAGAAAUAAAUGAGAAUGUAAGUCAAAUAUAUAAAUCAUUCAUGAUUGUAAUGCACAAGGUAGUGAUGACGUGAUAAAAUGAUUUAAGUAAUUUUUCAUUUUGAGAUUAUACCGGCUAUCACUGAGCUCAGGCAAAAUUGUAACUAGACUUUUGAUUGGGAGAAUUCCCGGAAUUGUGAAAAAGCUCGUUCAAUAUUUUCUUCUAGAAACAAAGAUUUAUGAAGACAAUCGUGAAUUUAAUAGUUUUUAUGUUUUACUCAACUCAUUUUAGCACAUUACUACCAAAACUAUAUGUGUAACUGGCUUUAAUGUAAUUUCCACGAGUUACUUGAGAAUAUAGACGUAUGUAUAUAGGGAGAAAAACUAUGUAACAUAUUGUAUUUAAAGGCGUGAUAAUACGUAAUAAAGAUAGCAUAUUUUGAUGUAAAUGGA